AUGGAAAACAUCCCACCCUGCUACCAGAAGGGCCAGCGUCUGACUCUCCAAGUUUCAGCAGACCAGGAGCCAUUCGAAGUUGUCAUCGAACGUGCCUACGGCACUUGGCGCAACUCGGUUCAACUCCUCGUCAAGGUCCUCGAAAAUGAUUCAGAUAUCGAGGUCACUGGUAAACUUGUCUUCCUCAAGCUUUACGACCGCCGCUUCUCACCAACCUUCCGUGAACGCUGGGAUGUCAAACCAUGGACUCCUGCGAUCGAGGAAGACCUUCUUGAAUUCUCCAUGGCCGGGUCGGCCCGUGACGCUCUCGACGCCUGGCGGGACAAUCCCCAGAUGGAGUAUGAUUUCUCUGCUCCCGAUUACCACAAGGAAGCCCUGAUCUCAGAGAUCAUGGCUGAGGAGUUCGAGAAAGAAUCUGAUGCUUACAGCGUCCUUCGGGCUCACCAGGGAAAGUUCAUCCCCCGUCUCAUCGCCAGUGUGAUGAUGCAAAUUGGUCCCGUUAGCAUGGUCGGCAACGAACCCCUCCCCCUUCUGGACGAUCCUUUGAUUCUCGGGCACUCUCCCGAGAUGUUCGAAAUCGACGGUUUCCUGAUGGUGUACUACGAAGGCUUUCCAGCCACUGAGAUUGCCUGCCAAUCCGACCCCGGCGACUGGCAGCACCUCAAAAACCGUUGCGUCGCUACUGUUGGCCACGUCAUGGACUCUGACGCCAUCCUCCACGAAGAUAUCCGGCCCAAGAAUGUGGUCAUCACCCCUGAUGAGCAUUGCGUCCGCAACUUUCGCAUCAUCAUGACCGACUUCCGUUCCACUCUGAUGCGCGACACAGAGACCGACCAGGAAUGGGCCGACAUGAAGAAGCGAUAUGAUGAGAAGGGCAUGAUGCAGGUGAAGCUCGAGAAUCCGCCACGCCCCCGCCGAGAUGUCGAGUCUCAGGGCUAUCGCUCUUACACUGCCUCCGCCUGGUGGAACUUUGAUGACUACGACAUCAUGACCCAGGAUUAA